UGAACACCCUCGAAGCAUUUGAGACUAACUCUUAGAGAGAAAAAAAAAUGGCUGAUACAGGUGGAGGAGAUGCAGUGAGACCAGUGGUAAUAUGUGAUAACAAGUGUGGCUGCACACUUCCAUGCACUGGUGGUUCCACUUGCAGGUCUCUUAAGUUCAUGAUUUCAACAAAGUGCACAAGUGCUGGCACUGCCACAGGAGGGGGUGAUCACGUGACAUGCUCGUGCGGAGAGCACUGUGGUUGCAAUCCAUGCUCAUGUCCCAAGAUUGCGGCUGCUGGAAGUGGUUGCAGAUGUGGCACAGAUUGUGCAUGUGCCUCCUGCCGCACUUAGUAUCACACCUUAAGGCUUAAACUUCACGUUUUAUUUUAUGUCUUCAAAUCUUGAAUACGUUUUCUAUAUAUUAGUCUUGUUUAAAGUUCAAAGUGUGGACGUGGUUUCUACUUAGUACUCAAACGUAUUAGUAAUUGGUAUCAAAACUGUCCAACAACAGUCUAUUGAGAAUGGUACUUUCUCUUCGAUUUUUACCAAUAAAAAAAAUCUUCGUUUAACAUA